GCUUGAUUAUGCAGAACGCGGAAAAGAAACAUCACGCGAAUGCCAAGAUCAGAUCAGGCGGAGCAUCAGGCACGAGCGCAAUACUAUCUUCCAGACGAAUAUUUCCACUGAGCUGAAGUUGAAGAAGCAGAAGGUGGCCAAACCUGCAGCUCCACGCAAGGAAAAAACCGAAGACGAUCUCUAAGGCGACCAAUGGAAGGCUCGAUAAUAACAUCGAAAAAGGGCUGAGGGAUACGUCGACGAUACCGCUUCGGCGCUCGCGAAGACAGCCGCGGAGAAGUACCAGGACUACGUCGGAAAGGUGUUCCCCAGGGAAGGCGUGACGACCAAAGGGAUCAUGGAGGUCAUGAUUGCCGAGGCGAAGUUGGCGAUCGAACCAGGCUGGACGGGCCAGCCCGCCAAGAUGGAGAAGCGCCUGACGGCAGCACCGGAUUCCGCCAAGAGCCCGACCGACACGAUUGAGCAGCAGGCGACCGACACUGACUGGAGACAUCGGCGGCGAUGCAGUGGAGGCCAGCCCCGAGUCUGCGUCGUCGUCGGCUUCCGCGCCGAAGAGGCGCGUGGCGGGGAAGGGGGACGCGCAGUGAACGUCAUUGUGCGCAGAAGGCUUGCCUCGCGCAGCGAGGGUAAACCACGCGUUUGCAGCAGGCGCAACCUGGGGACAACUGACCAGUUGCGCAUGUGGGACGCAAGAUGAAUACAGGCAAAUCGCCCGCCUUCCCUCCGCCUUCCGCCAUUUCUCCUCCCCCGCUCCUCCGCGUAAGUUGGGUGGUUAGUUUUAUAUUGAGCUACGCAUCGGUGCGAGACCGAAAGCAAACAAGUACCAUGAGGGCAAGACGACAACGACUUUGACAAGAG